CACCUCACUUCCUAAUCCUUGCUCUUGAGAUACAUCUGUUUUGCUUAUUCGUACCAUAUCCAAUCAAUUCUUUAUUUCUCGAAGGAGCAGGUCGCAAAGGGGACAAGCAGCAAAACAUCACGAACAACCAAAAAAAGACGCAAAAUUCCAGCAAGGAUGCCUGAUGUUCUCAAGUGUCCGAAAUGCGACGCCAAUGCCGAUGUCACUAAGGAUGGCAAGUGGGCGCAUUGUGCUUCUUGCAACAAUAUCUUUCAACCUAGCGAAAGCCCCGAUAUGAAAGAAGAAGGCGAUAAGGAAGCAAACUAAAACACGACAAACCAAACCACCACCGCUUGAAGAAAAAACGACUACUCAUACGCAAAUGAAACUGCAGAUUUGGACAUUUGCACAGCCCAUCCAUUGUUAUAUAAAUUAUCUUUGGACAUUUAUAUCACCACAAAAAAGACCACUCUUUCAC